AAACUUUUCAUUUACUUUGCUCACUUUGGGCCAGGGAGAGGGUGGCUUCAGGUUCCCUGCGCAGGGAGGGAAGGAAGGAAGUAGGGGGCGCCCCAGUCAACAUCCCCCCACCCCACUUCUGAUUGGGCCUGUAGAAGGGGGAGAAGUUAUCUAAAACAGCAUCCAUUUAAUUUUUUUAUAUAAAAAAAAAUCGAACGCCCACCACCAUAUCAGCACUUUGUGAGAGAGGAACUCCCAAGAAACACCCUGGAAAGAAAAAGAAGCCACCAAACCAUCUCACCUGGUGCUGAAAAAAAGAAAAUUGUUUGGAGCCAAAAUCCGUCUAUGUUUGUGUCCGCUGUCUAUUUUUAAUAUACUGCCCUACCUUGCUUGCUGUGAAGGGAGUAUGCAUCUGGAGAUCAAAGUUGCUCUGAACUUCAUCAUCUCAUAUCUGUACAACAAGCUUCCACGGAGGCGGGCCGACUUGUUUGGUGAAGAGCUAGAGCGGCUGCUGAAGAAAAAAUAUGAAGGCCAUUGGUACCCAGAGAAGCCCCUGAAGGGUUCUGGCUACCGCUGUGUUCACAUUGGGGAGACGGUGGACCCCGUAGUCGAGAUGGCAGCCAAGCGGAGUGGGCUGGCUGUAGAGGAUGUGCGGGCCAAUGUUCCUGAAGAACUGAGUGUCUGGAUUGACCCAUUUGAGGUCUCCUACCAGAUUGGUGAGAAAGGGUCUGUCAAGGUCCUAUAUCUAGAUGACAGUGAGGGCUGCAGUGCAGCCGAGUUGGACAAGGAGAUCAAGAGCAGCUUCAAUCCUGACGCUCAGGUGUUCGUCCCCAUUGGCAGCCAGGACAACUCCUUGUCCAAUUCUCCAUCCCCAUCGUUUGGCCAGUCACCCAGCCCCACGUUCAUCCCUCGCUCUGCCCAGCCCAUUACCUUCACCACUGCCACUUUUGCUGCCACUAAGUUUGGCUCAACCAAGAUGAAGAAAGGCGGAGGAGCUGGAGCAGCCACCAGUGGCACAGGGGUUCCACCACAGCAGCAGCAGCAGCGCCUGGCCAGGUCGCCCACCAAUGGCCUGCUGAAGCACAAAGGUCUCUCCCUGUCUAUGCAUUCUCUGAACUUCAUCGGGGGCAGUUCGGCCCCUCAAUCUCAGCUCUCCCCCAAUGCCAAGGAGUUUGUUUACAAUGGUGGAUCGCCAGGAGCUAGCAGCCUCUUCUUUGAUGGUGUAGCCACCGAAAACCAGGCCGGCGGCAUGCCUCCUGCAUCCCAAUUCAGUGCCAGUGGCGGCGGCGGCAAUUUUGACAUGGCUCAGGUCUUUGGGGGCAGCACCAACAGCCUCUUUCUGGAGAAGACACCCUUCGUGGAAGGACUCAGCUACAAUCUGAAUGCCAUGCAGUAUCCCAGCCAGUCGUUCCAGCCAGUGGUUUUGGCCAACUGACCACCAUGAGAGUAUUCUGGGGAAAAUAACUUCCAAAAAAAGAGAAAAAAUAAUUAGAAAUAUUUGAAAUCUUAUAAAUAUAGCUUCUUGGAAAGAGACAAAUCCUGAUUCGUUGUGUCAUGCCAGGAAGCGCUGCUGAAGCACUGAUUAUUUUUUUAAACUUGUUUCCUGUGCUCUUUCCUAUCCGUUGUUGUACACUUAAUGAGGAAGGUUAUUGUUCCAGCCCAGCAGUGGUGGGAGCCAGAGCCACUUUAUAUUAUGUCCCAUGCUGCUUCUUGGAACUGGUUCUCAAAUAUUCUUACUGCAAGGAUGGCAUUUUUCAGGGUACUGUCAUGUCCCUCGCAGCCAGAUACCUUGAUUCCCCCCCCUCCCUGUUUUGGAGUGAUGGGGGAUGAUUUAGACGGCUUCUGGAUGUGUGAAGUCUCAAGCACUUCCUAGGGUAGGCCUGGGCUUCUCAAUGUGUGAUGAGAGGCCCAGACAGUGGAGCAAAUGUAUUCAUUUCUCAUAACUCAGUUUUUGUAUUCCUAUUGCAAAAUGGGAGUAGAACAAAGUUCUCAGCUUCUGUUUCUUCCUGCGCUAACUGGUGAUGGCAAGGCCUUAGCCCCUCUAGCUUCAGGGGAAUGCUGGAAGGGGCAGCAUUGUAGCAUCUGGGACAGGUUUUUCCCCCCUACAGUUUUCCAUUGUAAGCACCUCCUCUCCCCUUAGCCCCCUUAAGAGUCUGGAGUUAGAUGUACUCAUUUGGGAAGCUUAGAUCCCGUGUCAGCUGCUAAUGCUAUGAUGUAUAAAUAGGACUCUAGAUGCAAACACUUCUGACUUGUGAGAAAAAUUGAUCCAUGUAUAUUGCACUCUCUUUCAAGGGUAGGAGUGAGAGCUGGCCUUCCAGGGUUUGUUUUUUUGUGUGCCUGAGCAGCCCCCAUUGAUGUUCCUCUGGACCAAUUGCCUUGGUUUAUGGGGUUCUGAGCUCUUCUGUUGACAGCCGAGCAUUUGGUUACUAAUUCUCAUGGAAAGAAUGGUUUCCUGCUCUUGACUAUGAUAGCACUACUUUUUGGCAGGGAAGAGGGAGUUACAGUGCAGACUGCUUUCUGGAUGAAUAGCAUGAGGGUUUGCACUUUGAAUCUCAUGUCUCUUAAGACUUCUGACCAAAAACCUUAUGAUUUUUCAUUUGAAAGGAAGCAGGCAUUCCUGUACGGAAGAGCGCCCCACAUAUCAGGUCCAGUCUGGACUUGUUCCAUUUCGAGACUCUGCAUGAGGAAUAAAGUGGGCUUGCUGUAGAAUGUUGCUCAACAUGUGGUGAGAAGAAAGUGUUCUCUGAUAAGAAUGUAGAGUCUCUCCUUCCUUAUUGUUGCUAUUGAACUAGGAAUCCUAAUGGUAUUCCCUGCAUCUCCCUUUUCUGUCAUGAGAGGACAGCCUGGAAGACAGGGACAGUAGUGGCCUUCAAGAGUGAGUUUUUCUUUUCUUUUGGCAGAUGAUUGGCAAACCUUUCCCCAUCUAUGCCUUGUGAGAUAAUUACGGAGUCCAAAAGUUUACUUCUCUAUGGCGAUAAGGGGUGAGAGAGAGCUUCAGGGGAGAUAAGAUAGAUGUGGCUGUGGAUUACAUACUCUAGGCAUAUUCUCUCUACCAUCACUAUCUGCUCCCCACCCCCAAACAGCAUGGUUUGGACAGUGUAUAAAGUGUUGCUUUUGCACCUUCUCUGGCAAAGUCAUAUUGAAUAAAUAAGCUACAAUUCUAGAGCUCUCCAGUGACUUGACCUGGAGACUUGCGUUUCCACUUAAGCUAAACUGAGGAUUCCCUGUAGGACUGUAUAUGAGCCUUAACUGCUACAAGCAUCUGUCCUCCUGUGAAGGAUGCCUAACUCUGAUGCACUAGAGAUCAUUCAGUGAAAUUGAUGGGAAAUGUCUCCUGCCCAGGCCACAGUGAUGUGGCUUAUGCAUGAGAUCUUCUCUAGGUAUCCCCAAGUUGAGCCCUUUUUUGUUUCUUUGUACCCCUUCUUACCCCUGCCUCUUUGCUGGGCUGAGGAAAAGGACACUAAAAAAGAAAAAACUUAUUUGCAUUCUGCCUGUUUUCUGUGAGCCACUAAGGGGUUGAGGAGGGAAGAUACUAUUGGGCAGUAAUGUGAUGGGUGAAGUUUCAUGAAGCUAGAAGUCCUAAACCUGAACAAGACACGUUAGACCUCUUCAGUAAACACGUUUGUUUGUCUUCCCCCCACCCCCACUCCCAACAUUACCACUGCCACCCACUUCUUUCCCCUCAACAUGUACUGUAGACUGCCAUGCUUUUACACUGGACUUCCUCCCUAGGAGAGCUGCUGGCUCCCUAUCUGCCCAGCAUAAUCUCCGCCGAGAACUUCCACAUGCAGCAGAAAGCUGCCCUGAGCCACUGCCUUGGGUGGGGUUAUGUACCCUUCUCAGGCUUCAGUAUAUUGAAGGGAGGGAGAGAACCUCACUAGCACCUGCAACAUGUGAUGUUUCACACUGCUUUAUCCUGUUAACUGCUUUUUGAAAAGAAGUCUGCGUUCAUAAGGAGGAAAAGGGGAAGGACCAACCUCUGUAUUUCCUAAAGGAACACAUACCGUGCUUCAGAAGCAUUUCCAGUGCUGGCGACAAUGAAACUCACGGCCUCUUUUUUGGUCUUGUUGUCUCAAGAGUUAGACGUUCAGCUUCAAUUUUAUUUUUAAAACCUGCACUAAUUUACCUGGUUUCUUAGGAAGAAAAAGAGAUUUUUUUUAACUUUUAUUUUUAUGGGUUUGUGUUAAUUUUUUUGUUGUCCGUUUAUAUUGAAUAAUUUGCUACAUUUGUAAAAUGUAAGAGGUAUAUAUAAUAUAUGUAUAUUUCUAACGUAAAAAAAUUUGAACUUUUUUCUUUUCAAGAUUUUUUCUUAGAGGAGAGAGAAAAAAAUAUUUUUUCAGGAAAAUUUUAAAAAAGCAGCAGUGAAAGCUCCUUUUCUCCCCUCGCUUCCCUCCUUCCUGACCCUUUUUGAAGAGCGAAUCAGCAACGUGUGAUCUUGGAGUAUGGAUGGACACAAAGAGGACAGAAUUAUGUAUGUUUUUUAAUGCAGAGGUCCAUGCUGUUCUUGUUUGGUUUUUUGGUUCUUACAUGCAGGGGGCCAUUGAGUAGGGAUCCAGAGGGGGUUUUCAUUCUUUUUCUUUCUUUUUUCUCUAGCGAAGGAGGAAUACAAUCAGAGUUUUGUAUUCAGAAUGUUGUGCAAUAUUUUGGAACAGGACAUUGGCGUGUCUAGAGAUUUAGUUAAAAAAAACAAAGGUUGAUCAAAUCUGUACAGUUUCUAUUGUUCCAGAUUUUUUUAAGUUUGUAUUAAAAGCAUGAUAUAUAAUA